AUUUUCUGCUUGGACACCGCCUUGAUGCGGUCGGGUGCCUUUUUUCCAUGCGGACUGCUGCUUGGGAACCUGCGUCAAGAGCCACCUUCCCCUCAUCAUUAUUGGAAUUCAUUCGCUCAUCAGCAGCCACCGUAGAAUUCGGCAAGUUGGUCCUGGUCCUGCUUCAGACUUCUGCGGUGCACUGCCAGGUCGGAACUCAAAACAGCAGCACCAUUUGUGAGGUUUUCCGCUGCCAAGACGCCCGCUGCUGAUGAUGGAGGAGUCAAUUUGACCUGCCUGCGCGAUCGAACCUCGGCAGCCUUUGGCC